GCCCUUUUAAUUGCACGGCCGCCUCCCCUGCCGAUGCACUUACGAAUCUCCCAUCCACUCAGUGACUCACUGGCAUGCAGGCCGACCCCCGACACACAUCGAUAAACAGUCAAUCGAGCGCCCUGAGAUGGAAUGAAACGCAAGCCAAUCAAUGCGCUGCGCAGCCACCGGGCUGCCAGGGGUCAUCAACCCGACAAGUGCCGAGCCCGAACAUCGAGCAACCCCGCAGGCCGGGGUCGCUCGAUAUUCGACAAGGACCCCGGUCGGGAGGACGACUUGGCAAGCCAUCGACAGCGCGCGUCUGUCUGUCUGUCUGACUUAUGAGGAUGCCCACACCAUUUAUCACGGUAGCCAUCCAUCCGUGUCGGCAAAGAAGCAGCCAGCAAUGCCAAAACUGGAUCAACAAAGGGGUGAAUGAAUGAAUGAAAGUAUGCUCUCUCAAAAACAGGUGUGUUGCUGCAUGGGUGUGUGUAUGUGUGUAUGUGUGUGUAUGUGUGUGUGGAUGGAUGGAUGGAUGGAUGGACGCCGUCGGUAGGUAGGUACACAGGCAUACACUUGCCUGCCUUUGCGGCCACCCACCCAAUCUCUCACUCACUCAAGUCUCGCUACCCCCCGCAUCAACCCGAUCUGACUCCCCCUCCCCUCCCCGCCAGACAGAGCAAACACAUCGAAUUCACCUUCACAUCAAUUUCGGAAUACUUGCCAGCCACCACGUACCCAUCCCCCCCGCACACACAUCCAUCCAUCCAUCAUGCAUUCGGUGCAGGUGGAGGGUUGUUUCACCCUCCCUCCUGUCCUGCACACCAGCACCUUUCGCCAUCCUGCCUGCCUGCCUCCCAUUGCCCAAUCUUGUACGAUAGGUACGGUAGGUACGGACCACGCCAGGCCACUAUGCGCGCACGCACCUGUACAAAAACAGGGGGGCUCAAAAACAACUUCGUUAUCCAUUCAGUCAAAUAAACACCCACACCCUCACACACACAACCAUAGCCAGCCAGUCACAUCACGCAAAAGAGGGGAAGCCGCCGCCCUGCCCCUGCUGUGUUGACGACGAGGGCUGGCCGUACAUCUGCUGCUGCUGCUGCUGCUGCUGUGUGCCUGCGCCCAUGCCGAGUGCCUGCAUUUGGUUGUUGAUGCUGUUGAGGGUGUUGGCCGCCUGGAAGGCCGUGUUGACCUGCUGCAUGGGGGGUGGGCCACUGUAGCCCAGCUGACGCGUGGUCGGCGUACCUGACAAUGGUCAACACACAUGGCAAGAGGGAGAAUGAAUGGUCCAUCGAUUGUCUGUCUGUCUGUCCGUCUUGGCUGCUUACUGAGUGCUGGGUAUGAGCUGCUCUGCUGCCCCUGCUGUUGCUGGCCCCCUCCGAGUCCCCCCAUCCCCCCCGCCAUGCCCAUCACACUCCCCAGUUGGCUUUGGAUACCCUGCGUGUGCUUCGCCAACUGGCUCAAGUCACUGGCCACCGACUGAUGCUGCUGGCGGGUGUUGGCGGGGUCCCAGCCUGGCCGCGUCUCUGUGCCAUAGGCGUCAUUGGGUUCGGGGAUGGGUGAGGGCUCCAGCUGGGGCGAGGGGGAAUGGUACGCCGGUGGCUGCUGCUGCUGCUGCUGUUGGUAUGACGAGAGGUUGGGGUAGCUUGAUGGAUAGGUCGUAGCGCCAUACUGCUGCUGCUGCUGCUGCUGCUGGUGCUGGUAAGAGUGCUGGUGGUGCGACGGUGACGUGUUACCAUAUGCGAGGGAAGCCGAUGUCUGUGUCUGUGUCAGGUUGGGGUAGCUCGAGUGGUCGCCAUACGCGGAUUGGGCGUGGUGCUGCACGGCCGUUGGGGGAGCGUACGUCUGGUGCUGAUUUUGCUGUUGGGGCGAGGUGGGCGACGCAUAGCCGUAGCCGCCAUAGCCGUUCUGCAGGGAGAACUGCGAGUUGGGCUGCGGCUCCGGCUGUGGCUGGUAGGCGCUUCCCCCCUGGAAAGGAUUCGCAAACACAUCCUCGCCACCGCCGCCACCACCCGCACCCCCGAAGCUCAUCAUCUCAGGGAAAGGGUUGCCCGCCGAGCCGUUGAAGAAGUCCUCUUGCUGCUGCUGCUGCUGCUGCUGGUGCUGCUGAUGUUGUUGGUGAUGGUAUUGGUGCUGCUGCCUGGCGUGUUCUUGUGGCGAAGAGGACCAGCUGUUGGCUGAGGGGAGGGGCGGCUUGGGGGAGGAUGCCGGCGAUGACGAGUAGAGGUUGUUCUUGAGGUCGGUGAUGGAGCUGCUGGAGGAGUGGAAGGGGUAGCUGUUGCCUGGCGCACUCGGGAGCGGCAGGCUCGUACGCCGAGAUGGGACGCCCCGCCGAGACUGGAUGACAGCAUAGCACAGGACACGAGGUGAGGCGUGAUGCGGUGUGUAUGGCUAUCUAUGUCUGGGCGUCGAGUCCACUAAUGUGUGUACCGUACCCACCAGGUUGAGCUCUCUGUUGAAGGUGGUGUCCUUGAUCUGCUGCAUCGGCCCCUCGAGCUUGCGCAGGUACUCACCCAACUCAACAAACAGGCCCAUCGUCGUCCCUGCAGCGUGUGUGCACAGACAGCACUCACACAUGGCAUGGCCCCCUCCCUCCCUCCUUCUCUCUCUCUCUCUCUCUCUCUCUCUCUCCCAUGGCUGUCGACCUACCGAGCAUCUUGGUGAUGACGGGCUUUGUGUCGCUGAACUUGGUGGACAGCACGCCCUCCAGCUCGCUGCGACAGACGUCGUCCAUGCGGGAGAACUCGUGUGAGCUGUUGCCCAUCUUCUUCUCGUUCCUGGCCAGCUUCUCCAUCUGCUUGGCGCUCUCCGCCCGCCCGGCCGCCCGCACCCUGUCCCUGUUGCAUUUGAGGUUGUCGAGCUUCUUGUCGUAGUGCACCUUGGUGUUCCACGCCCUGUCCCUCUCGACCAUCUUGCGCUCCACCUCUCGGAUCUUGACGAGCAGCUCGUCGUUGGCCGUCUUGAGAGCCUCGAGGUCGGGCCGCAUUCUGUCCUUCUGCCGGGUGAAGACCUGCAGGAUGUCGCUCACGUGCACCGCCGCGCCGCGAUAGGGACAGUCGUCCUGCAAUGGCGUGGCGACAACAGAGACAGACAGACAAACAGACAGACAGACGGACAGGCAGUGUGGUUCGGUUUACUGCCAGCCUGUCUGUUCUGUUGUUUGUCGGUUACUUACCGUGUAGAAGUGCUCCAGAACAUGCGAUAGAUCACCAUACAGCUCCUCCAUCCCUGCAGAAACCGGAAACCGCACACACAAAACAACAAAACAAACACCAAAUCACACACUUGGCUCUACGCCACGCCGGCGGCCAGCCCCUUCACAAACACACAGACCCACACCACGCACCAUUCAUCAUGGCGCCGAACUUGCCGAUAAACCGCUCAAACGCAGCGGCGAAUUUGUCAUAUUCCUCGAGCUCCGCCCUUUCCCUCUCGAUGUCGUCGCCCUCCACCCGUUUUGGCUUGAUGCCCAUCACAUCUCGGAAGCCCUCCUUCAGCUUCUCCAUGCCCAUGCUCCCUCAACAAGACGGUCUUGAACCCACGGGGAGAACGUUCCGGCGAACGUUUCGAAUCUGCGAGCUUAGCUUGACAACACUUCCCCUCCGCACAGAACGG